AUGGCUUCAGCAGACCAAAAAGGUACCUCCCCCCCCCCUCCACACACCCUCCCGCACUGACACACACAACCCCCAGGCCUCCUCUCCCCCAUCGGCGACCCGGUAGGCAAAGUCCUCGACUUCGGCCUCGGCAACACCGUGGGCAAAGUCACCUCCAAAGUCGGCGACCCCCCGGGGGAAGCCCUCACUUCCGCCAAAAAAGUCGGCAAGAACGAAGUCGCAUAUUCGGAAAAGGAUCGACCGAGAGAGGAGUUGGGCGGGGAACCGAUCGGUGGGCAACCGCAGACGGCGGAGAAUCCGCUUGGGUUGUGA